AUGGCUGUGUCUUUUCGGGAGAGCGGAGAUGCGGAAAAGCAUCAACCCAUUCAGAUUCGCGUUCGCGAAAGAGUUCAGACUUUUGAGUACGCAACAGAGACAAAGAGGAAAACGACAAGUUGCAAUAAUGCUAGGGGCAAUAAUGCUAGAGCCAAAAGACCGCCUGAGCUGAGUAGAACCGAGAGCGAGCUUUGGGCGAAUAUCGCUCGGCACAUUUUGCUGAUCGCCUUCACACGUACUGUACGCGAUUAUGUUUACACGGGAUUGCGUGGGGGUGCCAAGGGGGAGGGUUGCAGGCCUCCCAAAAGAUGGCAGUUUCGUCUGAUAUCGUCCCCUUUGGCUCUUUGUUGCAACUACCGACGUUUCGAAACCUGUAUCAACCAACCACUUCUACCGACGGGUUUCGGUAAGGUGUUGGGGUAUACGGGAAAGGUCAAAUUCCUCCACAACCCGUCGAACUGUAGGGAUGGUUGA